AUGGAUGGAAAAACCAGGGAAUAUUUCAUAGGAAUUAGAUUUGUAAAAAAUUUCGAUAUUAACAAUGAAAAAAUAUAUAUAAAAUCAAAAUGUAUUAACCAUCUAUUAAAAGAAGAAAUAACCUACAGAAAAAUUUUGGAAAUAUUCAAUCCAGAUAUAGUUGGAGCAAAUAGGGGUAAUUUACCAUUGGAAAAAAUAGAAAGUGAAUUCAAUUUUUUUAAAAAGACAAUAUUAGCAAUCAAUGAAAAAAUAGGCAUAGAAACAAUAAUUGAUAGAAUAAAUAAUGAUUCAAAUGGUUUUUUGUUAAAAACAAUUGGGAAACUAAAUUUAAAUGGCUAUGCAAAAGAUAAAAAUUUGUUAUAUUUAUGGUUUUAUUUAUCGCUUUUAAAUAAUAAAGAAAAAUAUAUUUAUAAAAUUAAAGAUCACCUUUUAACUCUCUUAAAAGAAAGUGAUAAAAAAAAUUUAUCAGAGGAAUUAGAUACUUUUAAAUAUAAUUGCAAUCUCCUAAGUUGUUAUGAAAAAAUGGGUAAAAAAAUAAUUGAAUAUUCAAAUUUGGAAGAUAAUCAAUUUUCAAAAUUAAAAAAAAGCAUUAAAGAAAAAUUUGAAGAAUUACAUAAUAAAUUGGAACUAUUGAAAAAAGAUUUACUUAAUUCAAAUAACAAUAAUAACCUAAAGCUUGUAAAAAGAAACAUAAAAAAUAAAAUUUCAUUAAAAUCUUUUUAUACAAUUAAAAGUAUAAAUAGAGGGUUUAAUAGCAACUUUAUCAAUGCAGAAACUGUAUGUUUAAAAUCCAUUACUGUGGGUGAUGCAAAAAAAGUAUCAAAUGAAAUAGAUGUUUUAUUUCUAUUAGACCAACAUCCGCACCAUAAUAUUAUUAAAUUCAAUGAUUUUUGGUAUGAAGAAAUGGAAAUAUCAAAAAAUAUUUUCAUUGAAAUGGAAUACAAUGAAGACUACACAACACUACAUGAAUAUUUAGAGAACAUCCAAAAACCAUUAGAAUUUGAUACCAUUUUAAAAAUAGAAAGUCAAAUUACAGAAGCAUUAGAACAUAUUCAUAGUUUUGGGAUAGUACACGUGGUAAUAGAAAUUACAUAG